GCUGUGCCAGAGAUCAUGAUGCCAAUAUGGUUCACCUUCAACCUGGAUAUAGUUACGACAUACAUACAGGAUCAACACGAGGAUUGUCUUUAUCUAAACAUCUACGUUCCAACUGAGGAUGUCAAAAGAAUAUCCAAGGAAUGUGCCAGGAAACCCAACAAGAAAAUGUGUAGAAAAGGAGGGGCCCAUGCAAAAAAACAGGGCGAGGAUUUAUCGGAUAACGACGGUGAUGAAGAUGAAGACAUACGAGAUACUGGGGCCAAGCCUGUGAUGGUCUACAUCCACGGAGGAUCCUACAUGGAGGGGACGGGCAACAUGAUCGAUGGGAGCGUCCUGGCCAGCUACGGAAAUGUCAUCGUUAUCACUCUCAACUACCGCGUCGGAGUCCUCGGCUUCCUCAGUACGGGCGACCAGGCUGCUAAAGGGAACUACGGGCUCCUGGACCAGAUCCAGGCUUUGAGGUGGAUCAGCGAGAACAUCGGCUUCUUCGGAGGAGACUCCAACCGCAUCACUGUGUUCGGUUCUGGGAUUGGAGCUUCCUGCGUCAGCCUGCUCACCCUCUCCCACCACUCUGAAGGUCUUUUCCACAGAGCCAUCAUCCAGAGCGGGUCAGCCCUCUCCAGCUGGGCGGUGAACUACCAGCCGGUCAAGUAUACACGUCUCCUGGCCGAGAAGGUGGGCUGCAAUGUCCUGGACACCUUAGACAUGGUGGACUGUCUGAGGAAGAAGAGCUCCAGGGAGCUGGUGGAGCAGGACAUACAACCAGCAAGGUACCACGUGGCCUUUGGACCCGUAAUUGAUGGCGAUGUCAUUCCCGACGACCCGGAAAUCCUGAUGGAGCAGGGCGAGUUCCUCAACUACGAUAUCAUGCUGGGGGUCAACCAGGGGGAGGGGCUGCGGUUCGUGGAGAACGUGGUGGAUUCAGAGGAUGGCGUGUCUGGAAAUGACUUUGACUUCUCUGUGUCAGACUUUGUGGACAGUCUGUACGGCUACCCGGAGGGCAAAGACACACUGAGGGAGACCAUUAAGUUCAUGUACACAGACUGGGCAGACAGAGACAAUCCAGAGACCAGGCGCAAGACGCUGGUGGCUCUGUUCACGGACCACCAGUGGGUGGAGCCGUCGGUGGUGACGGCCGACCUCCACGCUCGCUACGGCUCGCCGACCUACUUCUACGCCUUCUACCACCACUGCCAGAGCCUGAUGAAGCCAGCCUGGUCGGACGCCGCCCACGGGGACGAGGUGCCCUAUGUUUUUGGAAUCCCUAUGAUUGGUCCCACUGACCUUUUCCCCUGCAACUUCUCCAAGAACGACGUCAUGCUCAGUGCUGUGGUCAUGACCUACUGGACCAACUUUGCCAAGACUGGCGAUCCCAACAAACCAGUUCCCCAGGACACCAAGUUCAUCCACACCAAGGCCAACCGCUUCGAAGAGGUAGCCUGGUCCAAGUACAACCCCCAGGACCAGCUGUACCUGCACAUCGGCCUGAAGCCACGUGUGCGCGACCACUACCGCGCCACCAAAGUGGCCUUCUGGAAACACCUAGUGCCCCACCUGUACAACCUCCACGACAUGUUCCACUACACCUCCACCACCACCAAAGUGCCCCCGCCAGAGACCACCCAGAACACCUUGUCCACCAAGAGGCCCAACGGGAAAACCUCCUGGCCAUUCAAUACCAAGCGGCCUCCCAUGUCCCCGGCCUACAACAGCGAGGACAAAGACUCAUGGAGCGACGACGAGGAGACGGGGCCGCUGGUGGUGGAGAACCCGCGGGAUUACUCCACAGAGCUCAGCGUCACUAUCGCCGUGGGAGCCUCGCUGCUGUUCCUCAAUGUGCUGGCUUUCGCAGCCCUCUACUACCGCAAGGACAAGCGGCGGCAGGACUCCGGCCACGGGCAGCCCAGCCCGCAGCGGCAGACCACCUCCAACGACAUUGGCCACCACGCGCCCGAGGAGGAGAUCAUGUCGCUGCAGAUGAACCAGACGCACCAUGAGUGCGAGGCGGGGAACAGCAACGAGGGGGCCCUGCGCUUGGCCUCUCUGCCCGACUACACGCUCACUCUGCGGCGCUCUCCGGACGACAUUCCCCUCAUGACCCCCAACACCAUCACCAUGAUCCCCAAUUCCCUGGUGGGCAUGCCCAACCUGCACCCCUACAACACUUUCACAACCGGCUUCAACUCCACCGGCCUGCCGCACUCCCACUCAACCACCCGCGUAUAG